AUGAGCCUCAGUCAGAUCUCCUGUCGCAUAGAAAAAAAUGAAGACAUCUGGGACGUGGGCUUGGAGGAUGCCGGUAAAGCUGUUUCUUCUCUGUGCUGCCCUGGGAUGUCUCAGUUUACCUGGCUCCAGAGGUGAGAGGCCACACUCUCUGGAGUCAAAUGCAGUCAACGAGAGCCUUGGCAAGAGUAGACAGACACGGAGUGUGGAUGUCACCUUGACGCCUAUUGAUUGUGAACUGUCCAGCUGGUCCUCCUGGACCACGUGUGAUCCCUGUCAGAAGAAAAGGUACAGACAUGCCUCCUUGCUCCGGCCCUCUCAGUUCCAUGGGGAACCGUGCCACUUCUCUGACAAGGAAGUUGAAGACUGUGUUUCCAACAGACCAUGCCGAAGUCAAGUGCGAUGUGAAGGCUUUGUGUGUGCACAGACAGGGAGGUGCAUCAACCGUAGACUUCUUUGCAAUGGUGACAAUGACUGUGGAGAUCAGUCGGAUGAGGCGAACUGUAAAAGGAUUUAUAAAAAGUGUCAGCAGGAAAUGGACCAAUACUGGGCCAUUGGCAACCUGGCCAGUGGGAUAAAUUUGUUCACGAACAACUUGGAGGGCCCAGUUCUCGAUCACAGGUAUUACGCCGGUGCAUGCUCCCCCCAUUACAUACUCAACACGAGGUUUCGGAAACCACACAAUGUGGAAAACUUCAACCCACAGACCCAAGGAAAAUAUGACUUUGCACUGACAGAAUAUGAAUCAUACUCAGAUUUCGAACAAAAUGUCACAACUGCAGCGAUUAGCAAGUCUAGUUUCAGCUUUGGUUUUAAAAUAUCUGGAAUGUUUGAAUUUGGCAUCAGUAGAACAAGUGAUAAAGGCAAACUUUUUAUUAGCAGAACCAAGCGAUUCUCUCACACGAAAAGCGCAUUUCUGCACGCGCGCUCUGACCUUGAGGUAGCGCGUUACAAGCUGAAAUCCAGAAACCUCAUGCUGCAUUACGAGUUCCUUCAGAGGGUCAAGCAGCUGCCUCUGGAGUACAGCUACGGGGAGUACAGAGAUCUCUUCCGUGAUUUUGGGACCCACUACAUCACAGAGGCCGUGCUCGGGGGUGUUUAUGAGUACACACUCAUCAUGAACAAAGAGGCCAUGGAGAGAGCAGAUUAUUCUCUAAAGGAUGUCCAUGCCUGUGCCCAACAUGGUUUUAAAAUUGGUGUCGCCAUAGAAGAGGUCUACAUCAAGUUGGGGGUGUCGGUGCACAAGUGCAAGGACAUUCUCAAUGAGAUAAAAGACAGAAACAAGAGAAGCAGCAUGGUGAAUGACUUGGUGGUCCUUGUGCGGGGAGGUGCAAGUGAAUACAUCACUGCCCUGGCAUAUAAGGAUCUGCCAACAGCGGACCUGAUGCAGGAAUGGGGAGAUGCAGUGCAGUACAACCCAGACAUCAUCAAAAUUAAGGCAGAGCCUCUCUAUGAGCUGGUGACAGCCACGGACUUUGCCUAUUCCAGCACAGUGAAGCAGAACAUGAAGCGAGCCCUGGAGGAGUUCGAGAAGGAAAUCAGCUCCUGCCACUGUGCUCCCUGCCAGGGGAAUGGAGUCCCUGUCCUGAAAGAAUCACGCUGUGACUGCAUCUGUCCUGCUGGAUUCCAAGGCUCAGCCUGUGAGGUCACCAAUCGGAAAAAUGUCCCCAUUGAUGGGAAGUGGAAUUGCUGGUCAGACUGGUCUCCUGUUCUGGAGGACGUAAAACAAGACGAAGGCAGUGCAACAAUCCACCUCCUCAAAAUGGGGGCAGCCCCUGCUUGGGUCCUGCUUCAGAAACACUUAACUGUUAAGGAAGGGAGAGCUUCUAGCGGGUGAUGCUACUGUGCGCUGCACACAGUGAGAGCUCUGAGCCCUUAGGAACCCAGGCCAGCUCACCUCCACACCAGCUCCCUCCUGGGCCUGGCCCAGGGGUGGGAGGGCUGUGCCAUUCAGAUUUGAAAUAAAGAUGGUAUUUGUAAAAUGCACAUGGAUUUGGACAAACAGCAAGUUAAAUACUCAUUAUAGUCUCCUGAAGGGCUUAAGCAUCUUAGUAAUAUUCACUUUGCUUACCUCUUCAAUUUUAUUUCUGUUUCUCUCUGGAGGGGCACACUGGCUCAUUCAGUGUCCAUGGUAGUUCAUAUUUGUUGAAUGAUUAGGUACAUGCCAGCUACAGUGUUCAGUGCAUGAAUUCAUUCCAUCCUCAUGACAGUCUUAUAAGGUGGAUGCUGUCUUAGCCCCAUGAAACAGCAGGGGAACCAGCUUAGGACAGUUAAGUGACUUGUCCAAGGUGAUGCAGUUAGGGAGUUGGGGAGCGGGGCUGUGAACUUGGGCACUUGGACUCCAGAGUUUUAAACGCUUAAUUAGGAUACUCCCUUCCUCUUAAUAAAUGGGCACU